AUGAUCCACAACCUCAUGUUCAUCACAUCCAUCCUUAUUUACUUGUCGUCCUUCGUCGGCAUGAUCGGCAACCUGAUUGUCCUGUUUGCCUUCAUCAGCAACGCUGUCCGGCACAAGUCCCUUCAGCCUCUUGACCGGAUCAUCGUCAACAUGGCUUUGGUGAACCUCUUCCUCUGCUGCUACAAGGCCAUUCCCGGGCUUCUCAUCUUCAGCAGCACCAACGUUUUCGGGGAACUGGGCUGCCGGAUCCUGCUCUAUACGUACCACACACUGAGGCUAAUCAGCAUCUGGUCCGUAGAGAACCUGAGCUUCCUCCACCUGAUCAAGAUCCGAAGGCCCAACCAUCAAUGGUCGAAAUUCAUCUACCGGCACCAAGGGAAAUAUGUCAACGUCACCCUCGUUGGCUGUUGGAUAAUCAGUAUCGUCUUGCAGAUCCCUUAUAUGCUGUACGAGAAAACGGCAGAUGGGAGGAACAAGACAAUAGCCUUCCUGGCCACCUCGACGUGCUUAAAGUUCACAGAGAGCUUCGCCAUGAAGUUCACCACAUACGCGUCAGUCAGCUUGGACUUUGUCUUCGUGAUACUGGUCGUCGUCCUCAACGGUUUCAUCAUUGACCUCCUCUGGAAGCACAGCCGGAAAGUGAAGGCCGCUUCCUCGGUCACCAACAGCAGCUGGAACAAACACACGGCCCAAGCCACGAAAGUCUUGCUCUCGCUGCUCUCCAUCUACGUGAUCUGCUGGAUCUCCAACGACAUCGUCUGGAUCGCCAUCGCCUCCGGGCACAUCAGGAGCAGCUUUGAAAACAGCGUCCUCAACGCGCUCUACGGCAUCCUGUCUUCUGUCUAUUACUCAGCCAGUUCGUUCGUCAUGGUGCUGGGAUACCGGAAAGUCCGAGAGUACCUCGUGGAGGCCUGCUGGUGCUUGAGGUGUGAAAGGCCCACUGCAGUUCAGAGUAUGGCCUAG